UAGCAAUCUGAACACGUCUUACUUACAUAUGUUUUCUAUUUCCAAUAAAAACUAAACUUUUUUGUAUCCAUUUUUGUAUCUAUUUUAAUUUUUUUUUCCUUUAAAACUUGCUUAAAAUUACUAAAAUUAAAAAAAAAUGUCUAAUUAUUACUUUGUAAUAGUCGGUCAUAAUGAUAAUCCAGUUUUUGAAAUGGAAUUCUCAAACGUUAGCAAGGAAUUAAAGAAAGAAGAUAAUAGACAUUUAAAUCAAUUUAUUGCACAUGCUGCAUUAGAUUUAGUCGACGAACACAAAUGGAAAAUACCAAACAUGCAUCUCAAGUCCAUCGACAAAUUCAAUCAAUGGUUUGUUACUUCUUUUGUAACAGCAAGUCAAAUAAGAUUCAUUAUUGUACAUGACAACAAAAACGAUGAGGGCAUUAAGAAUUUCUUUAACGAAAUGUAUGAAACCUAUAUAAAACAUUCCAUGAAUUCAUUUUACAAAAUCAAUACGCCAAUCAAAUCGCCAAUGUUUGAGAAGAAAGCUCAACUUUUUGGUCGAAAGUAUUUGCUUUCUUAGUUUAAUUUUAAGUUUGUUGUAGUGAUUGCAUAGAUGUUUGUUGUAAAAGAAGAAACAUUUGUAUAAUAAAUAUAUUAAAUAAGUUAAAAAAGA